AUGGACGCCAAUGCUGCCACGACACUCGACUAUGGCGGCGAGAGCAGCAGCAGCAUGCGGGAAGACGACGACGACGACAUACGCAUGGGCGCGCGACCGGCAAUAGGCCGCAGCCACGGGGGCUACGGGGACAGAGAGCGAGACAGGCCGAGCAGCGGCCGUGCUCGACCGCGUGCCGAAGGAGCCAUCCGGCGGGUUCUGCGCUUCUUCCGAGCGCAGUCUGACCGUGGCUACCGCCAGCUGCGGGAUCGCGUGCCGCAGGCGUGUGAGGAGCAGCAGCAGCAACAUCAGCAGCAACAUCAGCAAAAUCAGCAACAGCGACAGCUGCACGCGUACGAUGACGUGCCAAUCUCCUGCAUGGAGUCCUUCCGCGAGAUGAUUCUGUCCUCGUGGCUCAACCUGCUGCUCGUCUUCGUGCCCAUCGGCAUGGUGGCAUACCUGACACACAUGAACCCCAUUGCCGUGUUCACGUCCAACGCGAUUGCGGUCAUCCCGCUGUCGUCGCUGCUGACGGCUGCGACCGAGCGGGUGGCCAGCGAUGCCGGCGACGCGGUCGGCGCCCUGCUGAACAUCAGCCUCGGCAACUUGGUCGAGUUGAUCCUCUUUGUCGCCCUCGUGAACAAUCACAUCCGUGUCGUGCAGGCGUCCAUUCUGGGCUCGAUCCUGGUCAACAGCCUGCUGAUCCUGGGCACGGCUCUCCUGGCCACCGGCUUGAGCGACAAUGAGCCGGUCUACAACACGGCCGAGACGCAGCUGCUCAGCUCGCUGCUUUUCGCCUCCGUCUUUGUCUUUUUGAUGCCGACUGCCUUUGGUUACACUUUCGACCACACAAAGGUGUCCAAGGCGACGCUCAAGAUGAGCCGGGUGUCGUCGCUGAUGGUGCUGCUGAUCUACCUGCUGUACUUUGUACACGAGCUCAGGGCGCGUCCGGUCCGGAACACUGACGUCCCGUCCGACUACGAUAUUGAAAGCGAUGGCAAUGGUAACGGCAUUCCCAUGAGCAUGACAGAGAUGCAACCGCCGAUGAUCGUCGCCAACGGACACGCGAUCAGCAACAUGAACCAGGCGCGGACGAUCCGCUUUGCCGACGAGGGCUACGAGACGGCCACGACAGCCACGACGGCAUCGACGAUGACGACGGCAUCCGUCCGUGACGUGGCCAACAAGGUCCUGCCGGUGCUGACGCCAUUCAGCCAGAUCGAGAUGGACCGCUUUGACCUAAACGCAGCUACAGACGCGGCGACCGGUAGCCACGAGGGCGACCUGGCCUUGGAGGGCCGUGGACGCCCCAACGACGGGGCCGUCUACACCAGCGGACGGACACAAACGUUUAUGCCGCGGUCACGGUCGCGCACCAACUCGCACACGCGGCCACCAUCAUCGCUGCGCUCGCAGCCGUUCCAGAUGCAGAUGCAGCCGCCACCGCCAUCACCGCCGCUGCCACCGCCGUCGCGAUCGGGACACACGCGCAACAUGUCGAUCGAGUCACUGCAGGUGCGGCCAGGUCGGGCGGCCUCGGUCUCGGGCGUGCCGGUGGGCAUGUCGGGGGUGGCAGGUGCAUACACCACGACGGGCAGCACAGCAGGUGUGCCGGGACAUGCUGGGAUGGCCGGCUUCGGCGGGCUCGGCGGCCCGGGGUUGAUGCGAUCGGGACUGGCGGCGCUGCAGAUCAUGCGAGAGAGCCGGACAAGCCUGGACAGCAACGACGCGCGGCCGGUGCCGGUGCGGCGUCCACGUCCGGCGGGCGAGUUCAUGAUGUCGGUGAUAGUGCUGAUGGUGGCAUCGGGGCUGAUGUCGGUCAACGCCGAGUUUCUCGUGGACACGAUCGACGCGGUGACACAUCAGGGCCACCUGUCGGAGUCGGUGAUCGGGCUGAUCAUCCUGCCGAUCGUCGGCAACAUUGCCGAGUACGUGACGGUGGUGUCGGUGGCGAUGCGCGACAAGCUGGACCUGGCCAUCUCGGUGGCGAUCGGGUCAUCCAUCCAGAUCGCCCUCUGCGUCACACCGUUGACGGUUGGUGCCGGCUGGAUCCUCAACCGCAACCUGUCGCUCACCUUUAGCUUCUUUGAGAUGUCCGCACUGGUCGGCACCGCCCUGCUGGUCGGCCUGCUGGUCUCAAGCGACGGCGACCGAAAGUUGCGGACAUGCGGGCUCAAGGGAGCGCUGAUGUGCGCGUGCUACGUGAUAAUCGGGUGA